AUGAACCUCAGAAAUUUCAGGAACCCCCGAAUUUAUGCCGUCGCCCAUCGGCAGGAUCAAGAUGGAAUUUUCCUCCUGACUUCGUCGACCGAAAAGAUCGGCUGGACUCAAAUCUCAAAAAUCAGUUCAAAACGAAUGACCUCGAAACAUUAUCCAAUCUCCUCCCGGGUUUGGGGUAAUUUUCUCCUGCUCUUCCGACCGCACAAAAAGGGUCUGAUCUUCGACCCGUACACAGGCAGAGCCUGGCCGUUCCAGAAAACGAGCUGUCAGCAUGUAGCUUGCUCGAGCUCAGUCACCGACAGGGACAUCAUUUGCGCUGGAAUUCCCGGCCCAAGCGUUUGCCUCUUCGAUUUUCAUGAAAACUCAUGGCUAAGCGCCGAGCACCACCUCCCCCAAAACCCAACCGCCUCCUUUUCAUUCAAAAAUCAAUCGUAUCUUCUCGUUUUUCGCGGCGAUUUCUUCGACCUCGUCCAUGUCGUCUCCACUGUCACAAAGAGGCUCAACACUUUUCCAUCCCCUCUUCGCUACAAAAAGCAAUUCAAAAUCACCAACAUUGAGCAAAUAAAAGUGAUACAGGACGCUGAAACCUCGAACCGAAGCGCGAAAAUCCAAGUGAUCUACGACACGCUCAAGCCGGCAAAGAACAGUUCUCACAUGGUUCAUUUUUCGGCGACGCUAGAAUUCGACGGAACGAAGCCGUUUACGACGCUGCUGACUUUAGACAUGGAAAAUUACAGAUUGAUGGAAUUUACUCAUUUUCAUCCAGACACGAGACAACUAGACGUCCGAUUCAAAAAGUCGCUCGAAUGGCCUCUUUGGAAAAGACUGCCGAUCCUAAAGAAUCCGAUUUUGAAAAGAAAUCAGCUAUUUGCACUUUCUUCAAGCUUUUGCCGAAAAAAUGUCGAUGGCUUGGAUGUUAUGACGAUUCAAGACCGUUUUGGAGAAUUCGACAUUUCGAGUAUUGGAAUUUUUUAUCAGAAAUAA